AUGAGCGGGCGGCCGGCGCCGGUCUCCCGCAAGCAGCGGCUCAUGGCAGCCGUGGGCGAGCGGGCGGCGGGCGGCGGCGCGCCGCUGUCCUGCUUCAUCUGCGGCGGCGGCAUCGGGCGCGGCAAGGAGCUGAAGCUGCAGGUGAAGCAGCCGGCGGCGGGCGCGGGGGCCCCGGCGCGGCCCUUCUUCCCCUUCCUGCAGCAGCAGGAGCCGGCGCCCGGCGCGCGCGAGCUGUCGCCGGCCGACGGCUGCGUGCUGGUGUGCGCCGUGUGCCGCUGCUUCCUGGGCGAGCAGUGGGCCGCCUUCGAGCGCGCCCGCACGCCGGUGGACAAGCGCAUGUACUGGCUCAAGCGGCCCCACCAGUGCGACGCGGGCGCCGCCGGGCGCCGCGGGGGCGCCGGGGCCCCCCGGGAGUGGAACGUCGCCUACGCGCUGGGCAGCGCCGCCGGCGACGACGACGGCGACGCGGGCGGGCCCCGGCUCCGCGGGGCCGCCGAGGAGACUCGGGACUCCGACCUGUCGGAGCUGUCGGACACGGAUCCCCUGUCCGAGUCCGACCCGGCCUCGCGCGACGCCGCCAGCCCCCGCCAGGACCGGGCGCCAGCGCCGCGGGCCAACCCGGGGCCAGGACCAGGACCAGGAGCAGGGCCCCGCGGGGGCCGCUGCCAGGAGUGGAGGCCGGCGCCGGGACCCCCUCCCGGCCCGGGCGCGGAGCCCCCCGCGCGGGGGCGCGGAGAGGAGGAGGGGGUCCCCUCGAAGGUCCGCGCGGAUGGGGAGCCCAGGGCCAGCGUCAGGCGCCGGCGGAAGGGGGUCGGGAGGCCCUGGGCCUCCGAGGCCCGGGCCAGUGUCCUGAGGGGCGUCCAGGACCCUUGGCAAGGCCCUCCUGUCCAGGACGCCCCUGCAGAUGGCAGGAAGGGAGGCCCCUCCGGCCGGGCCACCGAGCCUGGGGAGGGCAGGCUGCUGGCGGAGACCCUCGGGGACUUUUGCACGUCGGAGGACAGCGACGUCAACAUCACCAGCGGGGAAGAGGACCACAAGGAGCAGCCUUUCCCAGGCCCCUGUGGCCCCAAAGAGAAGGAGGACGGUGGUCGUGUCCCCCGGGAUCCCCUGGAGAGCCGGGUGGCGCCGCCAGGGGGCCUGUGCUGCUAUAUCUGCGGGUCAGCACUGUCCCCGGCCUCGCAGCACCAGAUCCACGUGCAGAAGCAGGAGAAGCUGGCCCAGGCCCCGUUCUUCCCGUUCCUGUGGCUGCACAGCCCACCCCCGGGGGCACAGCCCAUCAGCGACAGCGGCAGUACCCUCGUGUGCCCCUGCUGCUUCUCCUCCCUCAUGCAGCAGUGGCAGAGCUUCGAGCUGGCCAGUGUGCCAGUCCUGCAGCGACUCUAUGUGGUGCCCCUGAACAGCCACGCCCCCGGCAUGGCCUCCAAGGGCAGGAGGCUUUCACGGGAAGAGGGCCUGCCUGCCGGGGCCCUGCGGGAGGCCUGCUACCUCUGCGGGGAGGACUGCACCCAGGAUGCCCGGGCAGUGCCCUCCAGGAUCCUCAACGGCAGCGCCCGGAGCGCCAUGCACUUCCCCUUCCUCAGCCUCCUGCCCUGCCCGCCCAACGCCCAGGGCCCCAACAAGCGCUGCGAGGUGCGUAGCUGCCCCAAGUGCUUCAGCGUCCUGGAGGACGUCUGGGCCCUGUACCGGGCCUGCCACAACGAGGCACUCAUCACCUCCGUGCAGGGCUUCUUGGGCAGGUACCACCAGGCCUUUUCCGCCUCCGACCCUGCCCUCUCCAAGUCGCCCACGCCAGCCCGCGGCGGCCCCGUGUCUGUCUGCUACAUCUGCGGGGCCGAGCUGGGCCCCGGGAAGGAGUUCCAGCUCAACGUGAACCCCGCCAGCCACUUGGGCGAGAAAGAGCCCUUCUUCCCGUUCCUCACCGUGUACCCGCCUGCCCCUCGUGCCAGGCCUGUGGAUGCCACUGGCUUGGUGGCCACCUGUGUGCUCUGCUACCAUGACCUGCUGGGCCAGUGGCUGCAGCAUGAGGCCCGAGGCACCCACCACGCUGUCAGCGCCUGGUCCCGGCAGUACCAGGUGGAGACGUUCGUGUGCUUCUUCUGCCAGCAGGAGAAGAAGCGCUGCUUGGGGCUGAGGCCUGUGCGGGUGGCCCGGCUGCCCUUGUUCCUGUAUACCCUGCGAGCGAGCCACAGCCUGCUGGUGGACGACGGGCAGCAGCUGAUCAUCGGCGCCUGCUUGGAGUGCGGGACUCUAGUGUGCGCUGGCCAAGGGCUCACCCGCCAGGGACCCAUGGGCUGGAGCUCCCCGGUGGCAGCAGCGACGAAGGGACGUCCAAGGUCUGCAGCGCACGCCUGUCAUCACUCGCCUGUCAGGGCCGGUGCGCACAUCUGUUUCCCGUGUUUCCUGGCCUUCUGCGCCCACAGCUCCCCGCUCUUCAGGGAGGCCUGGGCAGCCCCUGCUCUCCAGGACCAGGGCUCUCGGGACACCUGGUCCGGACGGAUUGGAUGGGGGAACCUUCUGGAAGAUGCCAGGGGAGGUGGCCGGGCUGGGGCUGGAACGGGCACCCUCUCCUUGGCAGCAGCUGGAAAGUGACUGGGCUUUGGGCCUCUCCCAAGCUCUGACCACCUCCUCCAAGGGGAGGUCUGUGCUUUUCUUGGCAGGUUGGGAGCCAUCUGCUCAGAGCCGGGAACUUCCCAGGCGUGCCCUAUCCUGGGCCCGGAGGCGACUGGAGACACCUGGGGGGAAGAGGCAGCGAAGG